AUGCCAAAAUUGAGGUAUUUGGUGAAUCUGGAAUACCUGAUGCUUGGACAUGCCGAGUUCUCAGAUGCCAGUGAAUUUGCUUCAUUUCUAAAAGUGAUCAGCUCGGAGAAUUUACCCAAACUACAGUAUCUUAAAUAUCUCAUGCAUCUUUUCUUUUUCUCCUUCAAAAUGGGCACAUUUACAGUGAGUGAUGAUGCACGUGCGAAAUCAUGA